GUGGACCCUGCACGGUUUCAUCAUGGCGUAGCGCCAGGGAGUAGCAACCAUGAGCAACCGGUCUUGAGCCAAAACAGAUCAGAAAUGAUCCGCAAAACAAGAAUAUCUUCACAUCAACAAAACAAAAGCCAGAAGCAAGAAAGACCAUCCCCCCCGCAACGAGCCAUGCAAGAUAGUACCCAGCUUUACCGAGAAGUCAGCACACUGCUAACAUAACCCAGCGCUCGUCACAAAUGAUGCGUACUGCAAGACAAUAUAAGGCACGAUAACUCCGCCCCCUCCUCCUCCUUCCUACAAACAAACAACCAUACACUUACAUACACUAUACACCAUACACCAUACAACACUCCACUCCACCACUUC